UCUCUCUCUCUCUCUCUCUCUCUCUCUCUCUCUCUCUCUCUCUCAUUCAAAUUCAAACACCACUGUUUUCUUCAUUUUUUCUCGUUUUGCUCAAAAAGUUAGGUGGGGCUGCUCACCUUCCUUUUGUUAUAAUUUGCCUUUAAUCUCUCUUUCUGUCUCCUAUUACUAGUGAUCAGAACUAACAAAAAGGACUAGACAAAGCACUGAAAUGAAGGCGGCAAUGUCCUAAAAGAGGAGAAUUCUCCAAUCUCUUCAUUACCAAUCAUUAAAACAUCAGUCCCAAAUGAAGACAAUCAUGUCCAAGACUCCCCAUGACUCUUCCUUCUCCUCUUCAAAGAGGUACUUCCAAUGGCGAAGGAAGAAAGGGGAAGAUGAGGAAGUACUAGUCUUCAACUCUUUCUCAUCCACUUGUGAGGAGGAAGAGGAGGAUGAGACAGUGGGGCCUGUUACGAUGGGCCCCAUGAAGAAGAAAACUGCCAUCAUCCGAUCGGUCAUGACCGUUUUCACGGGCAAGAGGCGAUGGCAUGGCCGCGGUCAUCGGAUUAUGGGCACCCUUUUUGGGUACCGGCGGGGUCAUGUGCACUUUGCAUUCCAGGAGGAUCCAAAGGCGGGCCCAGUGUUCCUAAUCGAGCUCACCGCACCCAUGGAUGGGUUGGUUAUGGAGAUGGCGUCGGGGGUGGUGAGGAUUGCUUUGGAGUGCGAUAAGAGGGUGGAGAAAAAGGGAGUGAGGCUGUUGGAUGAGCCACUCUGGAGGGCUUAUUGCAAUGGGCGGAAAUGUGGGUCUGCAGCAAGAUGUGAGUGCAGACCCGCAGAGUGGAAGGUGUUGAAGGGAGUGGAGCCCAUAACAAUGGGUGCAGGUGUGCUUCCAGGUAAAGGAAUCGGGGCCGAGGAUGAGAUAAUGUACAUGAGGGCAAGGUUCGAAAGGGUGGUGGGGUCCAGAGACUCUGAGGCCUUUUACAUGAUCAAUCCUGAUGGUUCUGGAGGUCCUGAGCUCAGUAUCUUCUUGAUUAGAGUUUAAAGGACUUUGAACUUGUUCUUUUAGCUAUGAAAAUUCAGUUUGAUUU